AUGGAAACCGCCCCUCUAACUGACCCGAACCGGCCUUGUCUUCCGCCCCGGGGAAACGUUGUCCGACCGAGUUCGGUUUCAUGCGCCCGUCAAUUCAUUCCCGGGCUCACCUCCGCAUCCAACUCUCUGAAGAACCACAAAUGUGACUUUGGUACUAGUGCCGCCCAUAUCAAGGCCGAUGACAAGGACCUUGUUGAUGGUGUCAAAGUCACUGCACCUGCUGCCACAGUCACGUGGGCCUGA